AUGUCCUUGAAUCGUGAGAGUGUAGGACGGCAAAAAGAUCGGGAAAUUGAUGAACAAGAAGCAGAAAUUAUUGCAGAGACGCUCGGCAAAAACAAAAGAUGCCAACUAAACCAUAUUCGUUUAAUUGGGAAGAACAAAAGCAUUCCGCCCCCUACCGGAACGCGUGUCGGCAAAGUCUGUGUGUGGAAAAAUGCUACAAUAAAAUACGUAAUUAUUAAUGUUAUCCCGGAUCACAUUCUAAAAGUCUAUGCAUUCACUAGUUCGCCCACAUCAGGCUUUAACUUUUUCCAUGUGAAUGUAGGCUUUUCAUUAAAUUAUCGUAACGGCAAUAUUAACUUUAAUUAUUUGAGAGUUACUUGGACUGAAUUGGACCGAAUGAACUAUUCAGUCGCAGUUUGGUCCUCAUCUGUGAUUUGGAGUCUUUGCAAGGGAUCAAUGGUCUUUGGACCAAGUCGGACUCAAUGGAUCGAUUAA